AAUUAAACGCAAUCAUAUAAAAGCAACUUUUAAUUAACUAUACGUGCCAUAAGUCGAUCUUGUGAGUAGGUACCUAGAUAUCCGUUUUAAGAAAAAAAUUUUACUCGUAAUUAAGUCUUGGUAAGAAAUCAAGAAGUCUUUUCACCUCAAAUCCACUACAAAUUUAAUAAAAAAGUGAAAAUUAAAAAAAAAUCAAAGACUUGCGUACGGUUCAGAAAGAUAUUGCCAUAAAAUAUAAUAAAACCAUGGAUCAACAUUUUAAAGAUGGAUCAGACUUCGCAACUUUUUUGGACAACAAUGACCCCCUUGGUCAUUUUCGUCAAAGAUUUUAUUUGAAGAAGAAUACAAUUUACAUGUGUGGUAACUCAUUAGGUCUGGCUUCAAAGGACGCUGAGGCAACCAUAUUGAGAGCGAUGCAAAAAUGGAAAGAAGAAGGCGUAAAGAUUUGGAACGUCGAAGACAACAAGUACCAUUUAUACUCCGCAGAAUUAGCCAAACUGAUGGCAGAGCUAGUGGGAGUCGAUCCAGAUGAAAUAGCUGUGUCAGCUUCUACUACGGUGAAUAUACAUCAAGCUGUGAGUACAUUUUAUAAACCAACACAAGACAGAUACAAAAUAUUGGUAGACAAUAUAAAUUUUCCUACUGACAGAUACGCUAUCGACAGCCAAGUGAGGUUGAAAGGUUACGAACCUAACGAUGCGGUGAAAAUUGUUAAGUGCAGAGGCAAGUUGAUGGAAGAGGAUGAUAUUAUAGAAGCGAUGACUUCAGACGUAGCUUUGAUACUGCUACCGACAGUUUACUACAGAUCUGCGCAGAUUCUAAACAUGGAAAAAAUCACUGAAGCUGCAAAAUCAAGAAGUAUAAUCAUAGGCUGGGAUUUGAGCCACGCAGCUGGCAGUAUAGAAGUUAAUUUAAAAUCCUUGGACAUAGAUUUCGGUGUUUGGUGCACUUAUAAAUAUCUUAAUGGAGGUCCAGGAGCCACUUCGGCGCUUUAUAUAAACAGAAAGCAUUUCACGACGCUUCCCGGUUUAGCUGGAUGGGCCGGUAACAAGCCGAAGACACAAUUUCAACUGCUCCAAGACUUCGAUCACCAACAAAGCGCCAGCGGUUGGUUGAUAGGCACCCCUCACGUACUAUCCACCGCAGGUUUGGAAGGUUCCCUAAAAAUGUUCAACGAAGCUGGAAUGUCUAAUCUUAGACGGAAAUCUUUGCAUAUAACUGCCUAUUUGAUGUUCUUGGUUGAUACAAAGUUGGCGCAGUACGGUUUCACCAUUGGUAACCCUAGAGACGACGAGAAGAGAGGCGGCCACGUGUGCCUGGAACAUGAUGAAGGCUAUAGGAUAUCCAUAGCGUUGAAAGCUCGCGGUGUCGUACCAGAUUUCAGGGAUCCAAAUGUCAUAAGGUUGACUCCCACAGCUCUGUAUACGAGUUACGAAGAAGUAUAUAAAAUGGUGGAAAUUUUGUUAGAUAUUGUUAAAAAUGAAACUUAUAAGAACGUUAGCCUAAUAAGAAAUUUGGUCGUGUGACCUGUUUGUAUUUCAGUACGAAUGGUGUGUAUUGUAAGCACAAAAUAACUAACAUUUCACGUGUCACUCAUCUUUUAGAUGCAGAGAAUAAAGUAACACAAGAACAUAAGUUCCGCAAUUUUUUUUUAAUUUUCGUUUUUAAAAAAGAAUAUUUUAUUAUUUCGUUGCAAACAUAAGUCUAAACCUAGUUUACUUUCUAAUAAUAUUUGAUUAGCAUUAAGAUUUAUUUAACUUAGUUCUUUUAUUGUUAAAAAUAUUACCCCAAGGGCAACCGUACCACGGGAGCACGGAAUAUCUAUUCAAGCAGAGUUCCCGGCAGAAGUCCCUCAGACGAACUGUCACAAAAAGCUAUUCUACACUACAGUAAUCUUGUACUAUUGUACUACUGUAUUCUGUGCUGUAACACCAAUUACGGACUGGCGGAUUAUUAUUUCUGGGGAGUUCUCAAGUAUUUUCAUUACCUUUGAAGUAGGUGAUGAUUAACUGAAACGCACUGCAACGCAUAGUUAGACUUGCGUGCAAAUGAUCAAUCCGUCGACUUUUCGGCAAAAGUCGAAGUCAUAAUCUCUUAGAUGAUUGCCUCUUCAUCAUGUCACUGCUAUAAUGCUUUGGUAUAAUUAGUAUGUACUAUUAUACUUGCGGUAUUCCGUAUACCUAAUUACAGAUACUUUUUUCGUCUUAUCACAAAUAAUUUAGAUUUAGUAGAAUUAUCAUUGGAUUUGGUCAUUGGGUUAAAUCUUCGCUUAAAAGGAAAAUAUAAAAUAAAACAGAAAUACAAUUUGUUUUUCUUUAUAUUUUAUCUCGAAAAUAAUCUUAAUCUAUUUAUAAAUCUAGCUGUAAAGUGAUUAUUAUUUAUCUUCUCUCUUCAUUCAAAGUAUCAUCAUUUAUAAUGCUACAAGAAAUUUUUGAAAUUUCCUUACCAGUAACUUUAUAAUCACAUUGCAACUGUACAUAAUAUUUUAAAUAAAAAAAAUAAUAAAAUAAAAUAAAAAAACAAAAACAUUGUCAAAAUAUAACAUUUUCAAUGAGUUACUCUUUUUUUGUUUAUUUUUCGGUCCUACUUACAACUUUUAUGCACUAAAAAAAGUAUUAUUCUAUCCAAACUUAACUAUUUAUUUAUUUUUAUCUAGUUAGCAUUUACUAUAUAUUUACAGUAAUUUA